AUGGAGCCACAAAUGCAGCAGCAGCAGCAGCAGCAGCAGCAGCAGCAGCAGCAGCCGCAACAGCAGCUGCAGGAGCAGCCACAGCAGCAGCCGCAGCAGCAGCCGCAGCAGCAGCCGCAGCAGCGCAGCAAUACCGUGUGUGGUGCAGGAAAGCAGCAGCAGCAGCAGCAGCGCGAGCAGCAGCAGCAGCAGCAGCAGCAGCAGCAACAGCAAAAUAUGGCUGCCCUCCAUGGGGCUUCGCCGCCCUCCAUGUGUUACCCGGAACCCUUGCAGCAGCAGCAGCAGCAGCAGCAGCAGCAACGCGAACAGCAGCAGCAGCAACGCGAGCAGCAGCAGCAAGAGCCACAGCAGCAGCAGCAGCACGAGAAGCAGCAAAUGCCCGCGGCGAAUGAUAAGUGUGCAGUGUUCCCGGCUGCAUCGAGCAACGGCCGCAGCAGCAGCAGCAGCAGCGGCAGCAGCAGCAACAGCAGCAGAGUCGCUGCAGCAGCAGCAGCAGCAAAACUACCUGCUGCUGCAGGAGGAGCAGCAGCACAGCAGCACCUGCAGCGGGAGCACCACCAUGGCUAUGUGGCUUCUGCUGCUCCUCUCCUUGGCGCGGCUCACGCAGCAGCAGCAGCAGCAGCAGUUGCUGCAGCAGCAGCAGCUGCUGCUGCUGCUGGGAAGGGCCCCCCUGCCCCCUCCUUGAGGGGCCCCAUCGGCCGAUCUGCUGCUGCCUUCAGCAGCAGGAGCAGCAGCGGCAGCAGCACAAACAAGCAGCAGCAGCACCACCCGCGCCAGCGGCAGCAGCAGCAGCAGCAGCAGGAGCCGCAGCAGGAGCAGGAAGACCUCCAGCCGCAGCAGCAGCAUCUGCAGCAGCAGCAUCUGCAGCAGCAGCAUCCGCAGCAGCAGCAGCACGGCCGCAACAGCUGGUCUUCAGGGGGCCCCUCCCGCUUCCACACUGGGGGCCCCCCCUCCAGCAGCUACUCGCGCCGCAGCAUCAGCAGCAGCAGCAGCAGCAGCAGCAGCAGCAGCAGCAGCAGCAGCAGCAGCGCAGCUUCCUUAGUAGGCGCCGUGGGCGGUCCAUCUCUCCGUCCGCCGGGGGCCCCGCUGGGCGCCCCCUCGGGGGCCCCCCCGGGGGGCCCCCUGGGGGGGCCCCCCAGUUAG